CUCUAUGAGAUAUUCAGCUGCCUGGCAGAGCUGGGUGCCAUAGCUCAAGUUCAUGCUGAAAAUGGGGAUAUAAUUGCACAGGAACAAACCAGGAUGUUGGAGAUGGGAAUAACCGGCCCCGAGGGCCACGUGCUGAGCAGACCUGAGGAGCUGGAAGCAGAAGCUGUCUUCCGGGCCAUCACCAUUGCAAGCCACACCAACUGUCCUCUCUAUGUGACUAAAGUGAUGAGCAAAAGCGCUGCUGACCUCAUCUCACAAGCCAGAAAAAAAGGCAAUGUGGUGUUUGGUGAGCCAAUCACGGCCAGUCUCGGGACCGAUGGAACGCAUUACUGGAGCAAGAACUGGGCCAAGGCUGCAGCGUUUGUGGUCUCUCCACCUCUGAGCCCAGAUCCAACAACCCCUGACUACAUCAACUCCCUCCUGGCCAGUGGUGACCUGCAGGUUUCGGGAAGUGCCCACUGUACGUUCAGCACCGCACAGAAAGCAAUUGGAAAAGACAACUUCACGGCGAUCCCAGAAGGGACCAAUGGCAUAGAGGAGCGGAUGUCCGUCAUCUGGGACAAGGCAGUGGCCACAGGAAAGAUGGAUGAAAACCAGUUUGUGGCUGUGACAAGCACUAAUGCUGCAAAAAUCUUCAACCUGUACCCACGGAAAGGGAGAAUAGCAGUGGGCUCGGACAGCGAUCUGGUUAUAUGGGAUCCUGAUGCAGUGAAGAUCGUCACGGCAAAAACCCAUCAAUCUGCGGCUGAAUACAACAUCUUUGAAGGGAUGGAGCUGCGUGGGGCCCCGCUGGUUGUCAUAUGCCAGGGGAAGAUCAUGCUGGAGGAUGGCAACCUGCAUGUGACCCAGGGGACUGGACGCUUCCUGCCCAGCAGCCCUUUCCCUGACUAUGUCUACAAGCGCAUCAAAGCCAGGAGGAAGAUGGCAGAGAUGCAUGCCGUGCCCCGGGGCAUGUAUGACGGACCUGUGUUUGACCUGACCACCACCCCCAAGGGGGGCACCCCUGCGGGGUCAACCAGGGGGUCCCCCACGCGGCAGACACCCCCUGUCAGGAACCUCCAUCAGUCUGGAUUCAGCCUGUCAGGUACCCAGAUUGAUGACGGUGUUCGCUCAGCGAGCAAGCGCAUUGUCGCGCCCCCGGGAGGCCGCUCCAACAUAACUUCCCUGAGUUAAAUGUCCCUGCCAAGAAGGAAACAAAAUCCCUGUUCAAGCAAAGGAAGAAAAAUGGUACAUUGGUGUUUAAGAAGGAAAAGCAAAUAAACCUGUGCUGAAGAAUCAAUAAGCCUCAAGCCUUAUGUUUCACAAAUGCUACUUGCUACCUAGCUUUAAAGAUAUUGCUUCAUUUUGUUUUAUGCAUAGCCUUAAAAUUCUGUUGUUGUUGUUGUGGGUUCAGUCGGAUUGUGUUUUUACUCUUCCUUUCUGUAUGCAUGCCGCUCAGACAGGUCGCUCGGUUCAGUGUGUUAUUCGUGUUGAAUGCGUGUGGGAUGCCGUGGUAUGGGACAGCGGGAACAACCUGGCACAGGUGAACCAGCCAGGCAGGCGAAGUGGUGGGGGCCGGCCGGAGGCAUGGUGUGGGACAGGGAGGGCAGGUUCACGGGAGCUGGUAGGGGCAGGUGGGUCUGUGUCGUGUUCAUGUCCUUCGUCUCCACCCAACGCUCAUUGGCGUUUCACCAUGAGGCCCAUGGGGGAGCCCGAAUCAUCUCUGUAACAGCUGUCACAGCACCUCAUGUAAGGAGUUUUACUACUUUGUACACUUUAUUAAAAAGAAAAAAGUUGUUCCUUCAAACAA